AUGGAGACGGAAUUCAACACCGCUGGGGCACGCCGCAGCACUCGAAAACGCCGUAAAGUCUCAUCCACCGACGCUCCCGAACAAAUCGUGACACAGGAGCAGACUGUUGAGGCCUCUACCAAGGAGGUUCGGCCAACCAGGAAGAGAAAAGGAAAGCUCAACAGUCUCCUUAACAUGCCGUUGGACAUUCUUUUUGAGAUUUUGGGGCACCUGAAGCCCUACGAUCUUUUAAGAUUAGCGCGCACUACGAAAGAUUUUAGGCGUCUCCUUAUGAACAAGUCUUCGAUUUCGGUCUGGAAAGCCUCUCUUCGAGAAGUGCCUGGCUUGCCUCCAUGCCCCCCAGAGAUGACUGAGCCAGCUUGGACAAACCUUGUUUUCUCCCCCCAAUGCACGUAUUGCCUCGCCAUCACACGCAAUAUCGAAUGGCGGUUUCGCGCGCGGAUCUGCAAGAGCUGCUCAAAGACGGUAUUAGGCAAUCUUCGGGAUCGGCUGUACGCCUCCUACUUCUUGUUCGACGGUCAGGAAGAACCCGAAACCUUGGAGGAUCGCUUUCAGAGGCUUCCUCUCAUGUCCUUGAUUGCCAACCGCCCCGACAAAAGGGGAGUCAGACUUUAUCGUCUUUCGGACUACCACGAGCUUGAACAUCGGUAUAAAGUUUUACUCCAAACGGACGAAGAACGCGCUGCAUACAUCGACCAAAGAAAGGCUCUUGUUGAAGAGAUAUGUCAGCACGCAAGUCUUUGUGAAGCAUGGAUGAAAAAUCAAGUUGAAGACCGAGACACUGAACUGCGCCAACUAAGAGAAGAGAGGAGGACUGCCAUCCGGAAGAAACUCGAAGAGUUGGGCUGGGGACACGAACUCGCGAAUAUCAAAUAUCCUGACAACUUUGCUACUCAUAAGCUCGUGGAUCGACCGCAGCGCCUCACUGAAAGAAUUUGGAUCAACAUCAGAAACGAGCUUGUGGAGUACAUGAAGCAAAUCCGUGUCAAGCGCCUCCAACGAGAAUUCGAAGCUCUUGUUUUGAAGCGCAAAGGAUUUGCUGUCCAAUUCCUGCGCCUGUAUAGGAACCGCAGCUUCAAUGAGGACGACGUUAUUCCUGACGGGGUCGACUUCUGCAACUUUGAGCCCGUUCAAGAACUAUGCCGUCGACCUGUGGAUGUUGAAGUCAACCUGGACAGUUUCGCCGCCAUUCUCCCUCUCUUACCUGACCUCAUCCAUGGGUGGCGGGAGAAGGCUGAUGAGUCCCUCGCCGCUCUACUUAAAAGGAGUGUCCCGCCCACUCGCAAGGUAUUAUCUUGGGUUGAUGAAGAUAACGAGCUAUGCAGCAGAGUCGAGUGGAAACCCAACCCCUACGACGGGAUGACGAAUGCGCAAGUUCUAGAAAAACUCAAGCUCGCAACCACAGCGUUCACUUGCAACAUCUGCACCAUUCGGAGGAGGUACUACGACGCCAUCUUUGAACCUUGGUACGACUCCGAUGAUUCCGACGAAGUGUCCAACAGCCAGAUGUUCUUCUAUCCCCAGGUCAUCAGCCACGCCUGUCUUACUCGCGACGAGUCUGUCGUGGAUUGGAUAGGCUGGGAAUUUUAUGAGACGCUGGAUCCUUCACUGAGUCUCAAGGGUGGAUUGAGCAAGAGGUGCUCUUGGUCGAGUUCCAGACUCUCCCUGGACGUGCAGGCCGGCAAUAUCAUGGCGGAAAUUCUCCAGUUGGCGGAACUGGAUCCUGCGACAGCAACUCCGCACGACAUGGAUAAAUUGGAUCUCAGAUUUGCAUGCCUUCGAUGUUCGAAGGAUGCUGACGAAGGUGAACCCUAUCAAGAUGAUAGCUAUGAACGAGACAUGACCAACAUGCCUCUCAUGAAAUGGAGACAAGCUGUCAAGCACUACAAAGAUAGUCAUGGUGGAUAUUCUAUCAAAGAUUUGCGGAAAUAUUUCAUGAAAGUCGAGGGCGUACAGUUGGACGACGAUCUCAAGGCAGCGGAGACAGAUUACCGAAACCAAUGGGAUGCAGUAUGGCAGUGUAUGCAUUGCCGGGACACCCCUCAAGAGAAGUCGCCAUCGACUCUUCGCAAAGCCUUGGAACAUAUCAGGAUCAGCCAUAGCAUCACCUCGCCGGUGCUCAAUACAGACUACUGCAAACAUCCCACCCAUCUUGACCUUGAAUCUAGUGGCCCUUUAUUUUGGGUUGACUACCUUGCUGGAGACUUCUCUGUCGCAGAAUGUCAACCUGCGGACGACCCUCCUCCCUUCUCUCUCUUCUGA